CAGCAGGGCGAGCCGGCCAGGGUGUGCCAGGACACCCGGCGGCAGGCCAAAGCAAUCGAGGUUAGAGUAUGCGGCGGCGGCUGGUGCACCUGGACCUGAAGGGCGCCGCGCCGCGCGCGCAGUACCUGGAGCAGGUGCUGCCGCUGCUCCGCACCCUUGGUGCCACCGGGCUGCUGCUGGAGUAUGAGGACACCUUCCCGUACACGGGGUCGCUGGAGCUGCUGCAGGCCCCCCACGCCUACAGCCCCGUGGAGCUCCGGGCGCUGCUGAGCCGGGCGCGGGAGCAGGGCCUGGACGUGGUGCCGCUGGUGCAGAGCUUCGGGCACAUGGAGUUUGUGCUGAAGCACAGGGAGUUUGCCCAUCUGCGGGAGGUGGAGGCGCUGCCCAACGCCCUGAACCCGCACAAGGAGGAGUCACUGGCACUGGUCAAAGCCAUGAUUGACCAGGUCAUGGCCCUGCACGAGGACUUACAGUGGUUCCACAUCGGAUGUGAUGAGGUCUACUACCUUGGCGAAGGAGAGGAGUCACAGCAGUGGCUGCAGCAGGAAGGCAACACUCCAGAGAAGCUGUAUUUAUCCCACAUAAAAGCAGUUGCCACUUGUUUGGCCUCUUCUUACCCCAUGGUGACACCCAUCGUGUGGGAUGACAUGCUCAGGGGCAUGAGUGAGGCAGCACUGGCAGAGUCCGGGGUCCCACAGCUGGUGCAGCCAAUGAUCUGGGACUAUGCAGCAGACAUCGAUGUGGAGGGCAAAGUGCAGCUCAUAGAGAAGUACCGCAGGUGUGGCUUCUCCAAGGUGUGGUUUGCAAGUGCCUUCAAGGGAGCCACGGGAGUGAAUCAGUCUCUAACACUGAUUGGGCACCACCUCAGGAACCAGCUGGAGUGGCUGCAUGUGGCCAGGAGGAGCCCGGCUGAUGUCCUCGAAGGUAUCGCACUGACCGGCUGGCAGAGGUAUGAUCACUUCUCUGUUUUGUGUGAGCUUCUCCCUGUGGCAAUUCCAUCACUGGCUGUGUGUCUGCAGGCACUAAAGAAUGGUGGCUAUUCUGAACAGGUUAAAGAAAAUGUGGAAAACCUCCUGGGAAUGUCUAACCUGGAAAUUGAUACUUACAUGAGCACAUGUGUGGGGACCUUUCCUGGGAACACUAUCUUCACACUUGUGACAGAAGUUAGUUUCUACCUCAAGUCAUCAGUGGAUGAACUUCUUGAAAGGAACAGGUAUGUCACAGGCUGGUUCAGCCCCUACCACAGGAGAAGGAAGAUUAUUCAUCCCAUCAUAAUGCACCACUUCCAGCCAGAUGCAGUCAGUCUCCUCUCCAAGUGGAACGCUGUGGUGCAGGACCUCACUGUAGCCAUGGAGCAAGUUUUCCACAGCUGUGCUAUAGAGGAAUGGAUGGAGGAGAAUGUCCACCCCACCCUGCAGAAGCUGCAGCAAGUGGUGGAUGAUUUAGAUGAAGCAAUAAAAGCACAAAAUUAGGGGCGUUUCAAUUAGUCUGACUCAUUCCCUGGGAAAACAUGGCUAGUGAAAAUCAGCAACUAGUCCUUCAGCUGGAGUUUGUCAUCUUGAACUGUGGUUAAACAAAAGUGACCUGAAGGCAUGAAGGAAUUUAUCAGCAUAAAACACUUCAGCUCAAUUUUCCUGUCUUAACACAUGCUGAGCCUUAAUUCACCUGCCUGUAAGUCAGGUUUGCUCCUCUUGCACAACAGAAUGCAGGAGUGAGUCACAGCUCACUCUCCUCCAAGGCAGGAGAAAAAAACAGUUUCUUCCAAAUUCAAGAUUUGUAGCAACAGACUCUUACAUAUCAAUGACCUGGCAAAGUUCUACCCUAAUAUUUAGGAUACUUGAAAAACGUUUGGGUCAUUAUGUUCUGUACCUUAACUCCUUCACCUGUCAGCUGUGCUCUGAGUUGUGUCCUACCAUUCCAGCACGGGCAAGAGGGAGCUCCUGAGGCAGGAGGGAAAAGUGCUUUAAUACACUGGGCUGCUUCACUGCCUGCCAGAGCCCCACCGAGGCUCAGCAUACUCUCAUGCCCACAGAAAAGCACCACCCCACUCACUGAGGCAUCUGUUUAGCUGUUAAAACCUGAAACUGCAACCUGCACUUGCCAGGUUUGUCCCAUUUGAGCCAUGACUAAAGCUACUAAAUACAAGGAAAAAAUACUGGUUUAUUCUGGUUUUAUGUCAAACUUGUCAUAAUAUAUAGAAAUAUAUUUUGGGGACUUUAGUGGAGAAUUGAGAUACUCACCAAAAUGGAAAUAAUUCAGAAGUAUGGUAGUUAUAGUUAAGUAUGUUAUUCCACUGUGAAUAUUCAAAAUAUUUAUUUUUGUGCUUCAUUCAUUCCUUUCUUUAAAUGUUCAUGGAAGCACUGGUAUUGAAAUCUUCUUGGAACAAAUAUUGAUAUACAGAAAGUAAAACUACAUCAUAAGACAAGCUUCAAGUGACUCAAUGAGAGCCUCAGUAACUGGGCCACAUGCAGAUCUGUAUCUAAAAAGAACAAAUUACUAUGUAUACCUGUCACAUAGCUUGAGCUAAACAAGAUCUUAAUUUAUUUUACUUGAAUAAAACCUUUGA